AUGGUCAAAUCAGCAACCUCGUUCGUGGUCCUCGCGCUUUGUCAGUUCAUUCAUAUUAGCUGUGCUACAGCUGCAUCGAAUGGAUCAGCUUAUCUCGACUCGACACGCUCUGCCGCAGAGCGAGCUGACGACCUCUUGCGUCUCAUGUCAUGGGAGGAAAAGAUUGGCCAGCUCGGAGGGAUAAGACGACUUGCAGAGACUGUUAACGGCAAGAUAUCAUACAACGAAACGCUGUUCGAGGAAAUCCGGAAGACUCAGAAUGGGCAGAUCGGUAAGCCAAAUUUGGUAAUCCUACAUCUCCACGUCAAUAUUGAUCAUAUCGUAGGCUUCGGGGCGCCUCAAAAUUAUGCGCAUGAUCUGUUGCCUAUCGCCAACAAGGUUAGAGCCGAGCAAAUCAACAACACUAGACUAGGCAUUCCGUAUAUCACCAUCGCCGACUCUGUUAGUGGUCUCAUGAUUUCCGGUGGCACUCUGUUCCCUGGCGCCCUUUCCAUGGGAUCGACGUGGAAUAUUCCUCUUUACGAACAAGCCGUAGCCGCUAUUCGUGACGAAAAUGUGGCGAUGGGCACUCGUUGGGUGUUAUCGCCCGAGGUUGACCUUGCUAAAGAUCCCAGAAAUGGGAGAAACGGCGAGAUGUUUGGCGAGGACAGCUACCUCGUCGGCGAAUUUGCGACGCACUACAUCAACACGAUGCAGGAGAAAGAUGAGAACGGUUUCGUCAAAGUCGCAACGACAAUCAAGCACUGGGUCUACGGCUCUAGCAGCGGAGGCGUGAACACUGCGAGCAUUCAGAGUGGCCUGAACUAUAUCCUCAAUGACUUCGGAGCCCCCUAUGUCAAGGCCUUUCGAGAGGCAAACCCCUUGUCACUGAUGAUAUCAUAUGCCAGCGUCGAUCAGGUUCCCAUGUCCAUGAACAAGUACCUCAACAGAAAGGUUCUUCGAGAGAUGCUCGGCUUCAAAGGUCUCAUCAUGUCUGACGCCGGUUCGAUUCGCAACAUGUAUACUCAGUCAAAGGUCGCCAAGUCGUUUGCGGACGCCGGACUAAAGGCUUUGCGGGGUGGGCUGGAGCACGAACUUUCACCGAGACCGCCUUCUGUAUUCCCCACGCUCAUCAACUAUUCGAACGAUACCGAGGUCAUGGAACUUAAUCUGACCGCGACUCUUCGCAGCGAGGAGCAUCUUGAGAUCAGUCGCAAGGUGUCGCGCGAGGCAAUUGUGCUGCUUCAGAAUGAUGGCACGCUGCCUUUGCAGCGCAGCGAAGUGCACCAAAUUGCCCUGCUAGGCCCUUAUGCCGACAUUCUCAAUACCGGCCAAUAUGCUGCCAACAACGCCUCAGAUUCCUCCUAUGGCGAUACCUUCCGUCGAAGUCUAGAGCGAGAAAUUGGUGUGGAAAACGUCAAAUAUGUUGCAGGGGUUGACAUCUUGCGCACGAAUGACAGCUCGGGCAUCGAGGCUGCUGUCAACGCAGCUAAGGAAGCGGGCCUUGCCGUUGUGGUUCUCGGGUCCGGCUGGGGGUCUUUUGACAACUCGUACGAGUCUCUUCACCGGACUGAUGGGGAGGGCUUCAGUCAUCCGCACUUGGGAUUUCCCGGGUUGCAACAGCAGCUUCUCGAUGCGGUGAUCAACGCCGACGUGCCGACUGUGUUGGUACUCAGCGGGGGUCAGACAUUCCUGCUGGAAGAGUCGGCCAAGAGGGCAAAGGCAAUCAUCCACACUUGGCUCGCCGGUGAAUUCACAGCUGACGCCUUGGUGGAAAUCCUCUUUGGUAGUGUGAACCCAAGUGGCAAGCUUACAAUCACUUUUCCGGAAGCCGAUGGCGCGUUCCCUGUGGCCUAUGACUAUUUCCCGUCCGAUGACCAGGGUGGAUUUGGGACGGCGACGCAGUAUGAUUGGCACUUGCCAGAACUGACACGUUAUGCUCCUUUGAGAUUCGGCUUUGGUUUGAGCUACACGACUUUCAACAUUUCUUUCGUCUCUCUCCAAUGCCACUCAGUGGGUAACAACAGCACUGUCAGUCAAUGUGACAAGGACAGCCAAGUCACUGUCUCUGCGACAGUCAAGAACACGGGGUCGAGAGAUGGCCAGGAGGUGGUGCAGCUUUACUAUCGUCCAGAGUACAAUCAAAUCGAGUUCCCGGUCAUGAAGCUUAUUCGCUUUGGCAAGGUUGAAGUCGCAGCAGGCAGCUCCUCACAGGUCAGCUUCAAUGUGCCUUACGCCGAGUUAGGUUACUUCGUCGACGGGAAAUGGCAAGUCGAGACAGGACUGUGCAACUUCUGGAUUGGGAACACCGUCAAGCUCGCACUCGACAUUGUUGUUGGGCUUGCCAGGGCAGAAGUUCAGUCUGUCGCAAGCCCCGCAGUCAACACCACGGCGACCAGGCUGGCUGAGCGCAGGAGGGACAUCGGUAUCGAGAGCAACGGCGGCGACUGA